AUUAUCUAAUCAUGACAUCUCCCUCUGUUGUCUCGCCUCGGCUGGAUUAAAAGCCCUCUGUUCGCUCCCGGUGUCGGUGCCCAGUCAGCGGCUCCACUGUUAAUAUGUAAACGCUACGAUGAUUGAAGACUGAAGGCAGUUUCCCCGGCUGUGCCCUGAACCCGGGCCUUGCGCCAUUGGCCGCCAGCUCAAGCGGCCAAACAACCAAUGGGAGGGCGCCGACCACGAGCCGUCCUCCCUUGGGCCGCGUGUCCCUCGCCCUGAUUGGUGGAAAGUUACUGUGGGAAAGAAAGUUUGGGAAGUUUCACACGAGCCGUUCGCGUGCAGUGCGAGAUAUAAAUACAAGCCACACGCGGGGAGCCCGACAGAGAGACUCUGCAUCCGCUCCUGGUAGCUGCCGCCGCCGCUGAAGCUGCUGCGCAUCGCUCUGAAGGAUUCUAACUUGAUAUCUCAGGAUUUUUGUGCGUGUGUGUGUGUGAGAGAGAGAGAAACAGAGGGGACUUUUGAACACAUUCAUCGUCCUUUUAUCCUGCACCAGUGGAUCGUAAUUUGCUGUGGUUUCGUGGGAUAUUUUCCGGAAGAAAAAAAAAAAAAAAUGCCUGCCGAUAUGAUGGAAAAAACCUCCUCCUCCCCGGUCGCUGCGACCCCGGCAAGCAUGAACACAACUCCCGAUAAACCCAAGACAGCAUCCGAGCACAGAAAGUCAUCCAAGCCAAUUAUGGAAAAGAGGAGAAGAGCCAGGAUCAACGAGAGCUUGGGCCAGCUGAAAACUCUCAUCCUGGAUGCGCUCAAAAAAGAUAGCUCCAGACACUCUAAACUGGAGAAGGCGGACAUCCUGGAGAUGACGGUGAAGCAUCUCCGGAACCUCCAGAGGGCUCAGAUGACCGCCCUGAACACGGACCCCACAGUCUUGGGAAAAUAUCGUGCCGGUUUCAGCGAGUGCAUGAAUGAAGUCACCCGCUUCCUGUCCACCUGCGAGGGUGUCAACACCGAGGUCAGGACGCGGCUCCUCGGCCACUUGGCCAGCUGCAUGACCCAGAUCAACGCAAUGAACUACCCCAGCCAGCAUCAGCACCAGCACCCGCUCCCAUCCACCGCCGGACCAACCCACCCCUCCUUCGGCCAGUCCAUGGUGCAGAUCCCCAGCUCGUCCCCGCAGGUCCUGCCCAUGAACGCGGUGUCCUGCAAAGGAGGCUCGUCGCCGGCUAAUUUACCCUCAGACGCCACCAAGGUGUACGGUGGUUUCCAGAUCGUGCCUGCCACAGACGGACAGUUUGCAUUCCUCAUACCCAAUGCGGCAUUUGCGCCGAACGGCCCCGUUAUCCCGGUGUACGCCAACAACGUGGGCACGCCGGUCCCCGUGCCGGCCGCGGUUUCCCCCGGAGCCCCGUCAGGCAACUCGGACUCAGUGUGGCGACCGUGGUGAAAAGCGGGGAAAAGGACCACAAAGACUUUAAAAUGACACUUAACAAUUCUCUCUUUGUUCAAUGUUAGAAAGUUGUUUUGAAACUGUUUUUUUUUUUUUUUUUUUUUUUGUUCUUGUAAAAUGGAAAGAGUAUGCACUAUAUUUGUACAGCUAACAAGGGAGUAAAGUUCAUAUUGAAAUGAGAUCUGUAUUGUGGAAGUCCGUUCACUGCAUUUUUUUUUUUAUAUAUAUAUAUGAGUUGUCUUUUUUUAACUGUGUGAUGCCAAAGAUAUGUUCGAUGCUCUUAUGAUGUUCUUCGUUUUGGAAGACAAAAUAAAUUUGUAAAGAUAUCAAAAAAAAAAAAAAAAAAUA